AUAUGAUCUCCCAAACUUUCACGGUUAGUGCUUUAGAAGCUAGAAAUGAAGUUAAGCCUGCGCCCAGUCCAGACCAGAUUAACACAAGAGUAUGGAAUAGUAGCUUCUUAAGACCUGCUGUAGUUUCUAAGCAAACUAUUGACAGAGCUAGACCUUUACAAGGCUCUUAUAUGUCUUCUCCUAAUCAAGAAGUUCAUGAUUUUGGGAAGCCUUCUUCUGUGCCAAACGGGUUCCUAUCUGAGUUUUCCAGCAACAGAAACCAUUUUGAAGAAGACUCUUCCCUAAAUUCACUAUCUUCUCAAACAUAUGAAGAAGAUACGGACUCAGAUUACUGUUCAAGAGAAGUUGAUGAAGAUGAACUCGUAAAUGAAAUGAAAUCUAAGAAUGAUGCAGACGAUGAGUUAGCAAGCCUCUUUGAGUCAGAUAACUCCGCUGCUUCAGAGCCUUGAAACAUGUCCAGACCUAUCUUUGAUAGGCCUGGAAAUCCAAUUGUCCAAGACAGAAGGUUUUUCAUGUCAAGAAGUUCAGCUCCAUCUUUCAAUGAACAGCCUAGGUCUGGCUCAGUGUAUAUCUCCAGACCAAGAUAUAGUGUUUAUAACUCUCCCUUAAACUAAGAGAGGGUACUCUAGUACUACUCUUAGCUCUAAUUGAUCGUAAACUCUUGGAAACUCCAAGUUUACGAGUAUUCAACCAGCUAAGUUCUACCUAAUAAUUUAUCUAAAUAAUUUUUAGCUAGCCUCUCUUCCAUUAUAAUAUCACCUAUUUGAAAUGUUAACACACGGGGUCGGCAAUACAAGGGAAAUGUUGCUAAUUGUCCGGAUAAAACUUAAUGGGAAAUUAAUUAACCACCAAGCUCACCGCUUCUAAUCUGACUUGUUUUGUUCAAUCCCUUUCUUGGAACCCUUCAAAGCUCUUAACUUUAAUUGAACGUCUUCUAACAUAACGACAUCAGUAAAACACUCCAAACGCUGAUAAUAAUCAAUGAAAUUUGUUUUUAACAAGACAAGAAAAUUAAAAUUGCUAAUUCUACAAAUAGUCUACCAUUCAUCUUGCUGACCUAAAACUUAUUUAGUAAAUCCUUCCUGAGUUUUCUUAUUUUAAAUUUUCUUUUUCUCAAAAAUGGGUUCCAAAGUACUAAUUCUCAAAGAAUUGGGCAAAAAAUCUAACAAUUCUUCAAUCGAUUUCUCUGGUAUAAAAUAGUUCAACAAUUGUAUAGAUUAACUGAAAUUCUUCUCUCUGCUUUAUCCAGAGCUCCAAAGCUAAAAUAUUGCUCUAAGACUCUAAAUUAUGCUGUUUCGGUCAUUAUCUCUAUACUCCCACUGCUACCUUUAACGCACUUCCUAGUCUCAGUGAGGAGAUAGGAAGGUAGCGUGCAAGUAGGAAAGUUUAGAGCAAGAUUAAGAGAUUUGGCAAGGCGUUAGUCUUCUUGGGAUUUGGGUGCCAAUUGAACCGGAAUUGCCCUUUAGCACUUGUGCUUUAUAAUAGAAAGCCAAAAUGUAGAAGUUAAUGCAAUUAGUACUCAUUAAUUUCUUUAUAAGCUGGGAAGCCGGAUUAAUCUAGAUUGGUCAAGUCCAAGAGAAACUGUUCCUUCAACAGAAUGUUCAUAUACUGGCUGAGGUGGUGACUGCAACAGUAAGACUUUACAAGGGAGUUUAAAAAGAGGGUCAGGAAAUGAAGAGGAUAGACAUCUUCAAAGUUUGUUCAGAGAGAUUUUGAAUAUAAUAGAAAUGAUCUAAAGUUUAAUCUCAAAAUUGCCUCUAAGCACACUAGAUAAAGCAAGGCAGGCAAUUGAUACAUUCUUUCUGGAAUUCUUCAGUCUUACUUAACUCUCAAGCUAUGAAGUUUCCUCCAGGGAUAUUUAGAGUUUAUUUUAUCUGCAUAAAUCCAGAGGCUCAUGCUACUUCAGGAUGCUCGCAACAUCAUAAGGCUUAUUUGGCAGUAUUUAUAAUUAGAUUAUUUCUAGUUUAGAGAGACUUUGAUGAACAGUUUGGACAAUUUUUGACCAUUUUAGAGUAUAAAAUUCUUUUGAAGAUGCUACUAGAACCUUUAUAACCUCUUGAGGCCAACCUGGUGAAAGAUUCACUGUUUUCUUAGUCACAAAAUGAUGUCUCGAGGGGUUUGGAGAAUUUCGGGUAAUUUAAGGAGAAAAAUAUU